UCGAAAAUUCGAUUUUUUUUCAACGAAUAUUAAUACUUUAGGGCACAUUUAUUUAAACCAAUGGAAACUCCUUCGUCCUCAUCCAAAGUAAUGUGUACUGGCACAAAAGAAAAAUUUGGUUUUCAAGUAGAUUUUUCCUGGGGCGUGGGUUCGUUACGACAAUGUGCGGGAUUCCCAGCGCGAUUUCUCAACCGAGAAGAUGAGAACUGCUAUGUUGCCCCACUUGGUUCCCUUGUAUUAUGCUGGAACGUAGCAACGAUGCAAAGAAAGUACUCUUUCCAAGCCCACAGUGAUUUGAUUACUGUCAUGCUCUAUAAUUCCCACCUCAACGCAACUUUGACUGCGUGUUAUACUGGUGAAAUAAAACUCUGGAGUCCAAACUGGGAAUUGUUCCUCAGCUGUAAUGCAACAGUUGGUGAAGUUCAUUUUGCUGACUGGUCAACAAAUGGAGACCGAAUUUUACUCUGUGGUGAGGAUAUUCAGUUACAUUCAGUUGUGAUCGCAUUUGACCUGGUUAAGCAACACGAAAAAUGGGAAAUUCGAGAAAAGUGGACUGUUACCCCUAAAACCCCCGAAAGUAUCCAAAGUUCUUCCAGCUCUUUCCAAGAAGAAAACGCUUCCGGAUACCUCAUUGAAGCACCUGCAUCAGUCAUUAACGAAGGCAAACCAAGUUCUACGUAUGUAAAGCAGAAAGAUUUCUAUGACAUGGCUGUCUUUACAUCACAAAAUAAUGUUAUUGCACUUCUUCAGAGACACCACAAUCAUUUCAGUGAAGCACACCUGUUCUCAGAAAGUGGCAAGUUCUUGAAAUCUCAAACCCUAGACCCCCUAGGCGACUCAAAAGCGUCACUGAUGUGUUUGUCACCAUGCCACAAUGGUAUCAUUGCUGUUGGGUUUCAGGGAGGAAUCUUUCUCCUUCUUUGUGAAGCUGAUCUGUCAAUCACAUCAUUCCUUCAGGCCACAGGUUCAGCACAGGCUGCACUUUGGCAUGGAGACUACCUACUUGCAGUAUCUUACCUGUCAGGAAUUUUUUCCUGGUGGACAAUUAGAGGUGAACUUGUUCACGAAAUAAGAGGAGGCCCUACAAACUCGAUUAUUCACCUAAAUUGGGCAGUACCAGGAAGAGCUCUAUGGGUGGGUGGGAUCAUGUCUCUCCAUUACAUCUCACUGGAUUACAUUAACCCUGGAGAUAAAUUUCCUCAACAUUUAAAGCAGGUCCAUGAUAUAAAAUUUCUUGAGGUCACUGGAUGUGGAGUUGCAAUGAAUGAGAAAAACUUGGUCCUGGCAGGAGAUUUCACUGGGAACAUCUUCAUAUGGCAAAAGGGUAAAACUGAUCCAGUCUUCAAAACAAAGCACGAAAGCUCCAUCAGAUGUCUUACCUGGAACAAUGACUAUGCUUUUAUUGGUUGUUUGGAUGGUGAUCUUCUAAGAUGGCUACCUAGUGGAGAUGUUCCUCCAUGUACUGCAUUGACUUGUCUUGGUGGCAUCUUGACAAUGGCUUGGUCACAUGACUGCACCAGCUUAGCAAUUGGCUUGGACAGUGGGCAUCUGUGCCUUUAUCUAUUUCAACCAGUCCACUCUUCUCAACCUGAGGAACUCCUGAAUUUUAGAGCUCAUUUUAUUGAGAGAGAGGGACAAGAGGUGGCAGCUGAAAUCUGGAGUGUCUGUUGGAGUCCAUGUGCAUCAAUGAUUGCAACAGCAUCUGAGGAUCAGACAGCCUGUAUAUGGAAUUCCUCUAAUGGAGAAAAAAUUGAAACCCUUAUUGGACACACAACUGCUGUAACAUCAAUGGACUGGAAGGAAAUGGCCAAUGGGCAGUUGAUAUUGGCCACUUGUGCUGAUGACAAGACUGUGCACAUACGAGAUGGUGUUACUUUUGAGAUGAAGCAUGUCUUCGACACAAAAGACAUCCCAGGAUGGUACACACUCACUUACCUGAGCUUGAACCCUGUCGAACAUUGGUGUCUCUGUUCAACACAGAAUGGGCGUUUGGUUCUCUGGGACUGCUUGAGUGGUGAAAGACUUGCAUGCAGGAAAAUGCAUGCCGGUUCUAUUGAAGGAUUGGUGUGGAACAAGGAUUAUACUUUGUGUGCCACUGUUAGCUCUGACUGUGUAGUGAAUGCAUUUAGUGUGGAUGAAGUACAAUCAAAAUUGUGAUACGAAAGAAGAAUAAGGGGACUUUUUCUAACUGUAUUAGUUGGCAAAUUUACAUGUGGGUAUAAUUUUAUUGUAACAUCA